UAUGUCAACGAAUAGUUAUCACAUUUAAUUUUUAUUAUUUUAAUAAAUAGACUCUACAUUUUAUUUAGUAUAUUUUAUCAUAAAAUAGUUUUUAUAUAUAUACAAAAUUUAAAAGUAUAAUUCACAUUCUAUUAACUUUGUCAUUUACUUUAUAUUUCUUGAAAUCCGAGUUGAUCAAAAUAAGACAACUAUUGGAGUAAUUAAUUUUGCAAACGAAGCAACUAUUACUACGAAUAUAGUCUAUAGUGAUAAAUGAAAAUGGGCUCGAGCAGAUCCGCCAGCCCACUGGCUCAUAGUGAUAAAUGUUUUAAAUGGGCUCGAGCAGGUUCGCCAGCCCACUGGUUCAGCAGUAAAUCAAUUGAAAUGUGUGUGUUUGUGUGUGUGUGUGUGUGAGAGAGAGAGAGAGAGAGAGAGAGAGAGAGAUGGUUGUAGCGUUGGAUUUGCAGGAUUUUCUUCUUCGAGCUAGGGUUUUGAAGCUCUACAGACAUGCUCUCAGGAUUUCGCGGAGAGCUCCUCCUGAUUCCAAAGAUGAAGUGAGACAGAUUAUCAGACAAGAGGUGGAAAACAAUAGGACUUGCAAAGACAAACAGAGGAUUAGGUUUUUUAUCAGCGACGGACAGGAGAGGCUGAAGCGUUUAGACGAGACCCUUGAUAUGCAAGGACGAUAGCAUGAGAGAUUCAUGUUUGUAAUUUGCUUCACUGUGUGUAGUGUACAAGAUGUUAUUUAUACAAUGACACAACUUUAUUCAUUGAAAUUACAAUCUAUUGGAGUUCAAAA